AUGUCGUCAAUAGGCCCGCAACUUCCACCGCACCUCACAAAGCGCAAGCGCACACCAGGUGACGACGACGACGACGACAGCAAGGCAGCGGGCGGCCCUUCACAACCGCCCUCCAAGACAUCGCGACUCAGCAACGACGACGAGAUUGAUCUGGACGAUGAUUCCGACGACGACGACUUUGGCCCCAGCGCCGCAGCAGCCGGCCCCACACUCCCUAGACCCUCUGUAUCUACCGACAAUAACAACAACAAGCCUCCUGGUUCCCGCGCCGCAGGCCCCUCCAUGCCGCCACCACAACCCACAGAGCCCGAAGUCGAGCACCAGUCGAGACCAGAACAACCCGCAAGGCGCGUGCUCGGCCCAGCAGCGCCACCCGCGGCCCUCUCAGAGCGGCCACCAAACCCACCAUCCUCUGACGAAGACUCGGAUGACGACGAUGACUACGGGCCCGCGCUGCCCACUUCGGCACAGGCAGCACAGCGCUCAGCGGCAGCAGCAGCCGCGUCGGCCAGGCUGGCCCAAGACGCAGAGUCGACGGCGGCGGCGGCACCACCCUCGAAGCGCGACGACUGGAUGAUCCGCCCGCCGCCGCCGACCAACAAGCCGGACCCGACCAAGAUCCGGUUCAAGGGCUUCGCGACCGGGCGCGCCGCCACGUCGACCGCGGCCCAGAACCCCGGCGAGAUCGGGUCGAUGUGGACCGAGACGGCUCAGGAGCGCAAGGAGCGCAUUCUCUCGCGCCGCGGGCCGGAUGCGUCGUCGUCAGCGGCGGCCACUACCGCCAAAAUGAACCCCGGAGACGAUGCGCGCGACGCCGCCAUCCGCACCUACACUACCCAAACCCGCGGCAAGUCGCUGUACGAGGAGCAUCAGGCCAAUCGCAAGGCCGGGGGUGGAGCGAGGACGGCCGCCGAGGAGGAUGACCCCAGCAAGAGGGCGUUCGAUCGCGAAAAGGACAUGGCUGUUGGUGGGAGGGUCACAAACUCCCAGAUGAGGGACCUGAGGAAGCAGGCUGCUGACUUUGGCGGUAGGUUUAGCAAAGGCAAAUACUUGUGA